AUGGAGCUGGGUCUACAUUCAAAGCCCUCCGCUAUUCAGAGGGGUAGCGAAACCCUACCCACAAAAAACACCUCACCUCACACACGCCCUUAUGAAGGGCCCUUGGGGUUCGCCAAGGUAUUCAACCCAUGGGACUCGGGCUCCUAUCCGACACAGAAAUCAAUCAAGACCUGCGGUUCCGGGCCAGUCGAGACCCCAGCUUUAAACUACCAACCAGUCUACGACCUUGUCAAUCGCUCAGCGGCCUUCUCAGCAGCAUGUCAUGCUCAGAAGGACCAUUGA